CAACAAUUACUAAAAAAUUUAAUUAUUUGGAUUUUCUGUUUUUAUUUGUAUCCUCUAAGAAAAUAAUUCCAAAGUCGAAUUUUCCAAUUUACAUUAAAAUCUGUGGUUUUAAAUUUGACCUGUGUCUGUUGGUUUGGUUUGGGGCUAUGUAAUUUUAAUGUCAGAAAAUUAUCCGGAAUUAUAAUGCGCAACCAAUAAAUUAUUGUUAUAAUCGCUUUUCUUCAAACAACAGUAAUUUAUUUUUCAAAUUCGUAUUUAUUUGAAUAUAUUGAAUAUAAUAAGGAUCACUUUAGUUGCCUGGCUUAUGGAUAUCCUAUUUUAAAGUGAUACUCACCUGUUGCAGUUGGUUGAAGAGAAUCAGAAUAAGUACAAAGUAUCUAUUUGAGUAUUAAUCAUCCAAGUUGAACAACUCAUAAGUCAAUAAACAAAAAUACUUCAACUAACAAUAAAACCAGUUCUCAAUAAUAAUAAUUAUGUGUAUUUUAGUUUUAUUUUUUUUGGCCAAUUGAUGGUGACACAGUGACGAGACGAAUUGGGCAUAAAUAAAAUAUCGGAGCCCAAAAUUCUAGUCAAAACAACAAACCGCAAAUGAUGUCUGGGUACUAAGAGAUGGUCAUAUGAAAGACCAUAAUAUUUGCUUUAAAAAAAAAAGAAAGAAUUUCCCAAAGUAGUCAAGUAGCAUUCAAGGCGAUUGGCGAAGAACUAAUUUCACGGCCAGGAAAUGUGGAAUCCCCCGGCUUCUGGCGUCUUCGAACGGUCAUGUGCGGUCAAAUCAAUCUGCCAUGGUCAUGGUCAAUAAUUGCUACCCUUUUAGUAACUUUGGCGGCGCCACAUCUUGAGAUCAUAAUCUAUAUUCCCUUCCCUGUCUCAUCAUAAAAUUGGUAUACAAAUUUAAGCAUAUAAAUUGACGCAACAAAGACGUUUAUCAGUUUAUUCUGAUUCUUUCUUUACUUUGGCUGUUUUCGUUCAAAUAGGCAACAAGUAAUAAUCUGGAAUUCCAAAACAUUGCAAACACUACAAUCAGUAUUCAAGAUUCCUAGUCCAAAAUGAGUGUCGAAAAAAUGUCGAAAUUAGUUAAAGAAGACGACAUCCAUGUUAUUCAUGGGUCAAAAUCUCAUGAACCUCUAUCAAAAGAAGCUAUAGGAAAAGAAAUCUGCAAAACCUUCCAAAGCAUGCAACAAGAUGCUGUAGCCAUGAUAGAUGUUUUCACUAAAGAAAAACUUCUUUACUCAGAACUGUUCCAAAAGUCUGUAAAUUUAGCGGUCAAAUUAAGACAGCAUGGUUAUUGCGGACAAAAUACAAUCCUGGCAAUUUGCAGUGAAAAUUGCCUUGAAUUUUUCACACCAGUUUACGCCUCACUUUUCAAUGGUUCCAUUAUGGCACCCAUUAACCACUUGUAUACGCCCCAUGAGUUGGAGCAUGCACUCAAUAUAAGCAAACCUAAACUGGUAUUUUGUUCUGCAAGUGUUCUUCCAAAACUUUUACAGUUAAAGAAGCAACUGAAUUUUGUUGAGAAGUUUAUUGUGUUGGUAAUAGUCAAUAAUACUUUUGCAAACACUGAAGAUGUACAAAGCAUGGACGACUUUCUUCAAAAUACAAAUAUUUCAGUUUCAACUUUUAAACCAUUUGAAGGAGUUGCUGAUAAUAUGGCUGCCCUAAUUUUAUGUUCAUCUGGAACCACUGGAUUACCUAAAGGGGUGGUUCUGUCACACCAAUGUUUAAACGUUAUAUUUAACUAUAGCAGAGAUCCUCGAUAUAAAGCUGACUCAGACACACAUACCAGUCUAUGUGUCCUUCCAUUAUUCCACGCUUACGGUCUGAUGACAUGCCUCACUGGCUUUUCAAUGUCCCGCACGAUAAUCUUGUUCAAAAAUUUCGAUGAAGAUAUUUUUCUGAAAAGCAUUCAAGACUACAAAAUUAAUUGGUUGGGCGUAGCGCCACCUUUGGUGGUUUUCUUUGCCAAAACCCAAAAGCUUAACCAAUACGAUCUCAGCAGUCUUAAAGGUUUCUAUUGUGGUGCUGCUCCUUUGAGUAAAACUACUGAAGAACAAGUCAAGAAAAGAUUGAACAUAAGCGGUAUACGCCAAGCGUAUGGGAUGACGGAAACAACUUUGGGCGUCACAGGGCUAGACUCUGACGAUAUGCGUUCUGGGUCAUGCGGAAAAGUGCUAAGUUCAAUAGCUAUCAAGAUAAGAGAUCCUGAAACUGGACGAUCUUUACAGGCUAAUAAUGUUGGAGAAAUUUGUGUGAAGGCUCCUUGUGUAAUGAUGGGUUAUUACCAAAACGAGCAAGCAACCAAAGACACCUUUACUCCUGAUGGUUGGCUAAAAACCGGUGAUUUGGGUUAUUACGAUGAAGAAGGAUAUUUUUAUAUUGUCGAUCGUUUGAAGGAGCUUAUCAAAUAUAAAGGAUAUCAGGUUGCUCCUGCUGAACUGGAAUCAAUAUUAAUCAAUCAUCCGAAAAUCGAUGACACUGGAGUGGUAGGAUUGCCAGACGAGCUGGUUGGCGAAAAACCAUUGGCUUUUGUGGUUAAAAAGGCUGGAGCUGAUAUUACUGAAGCUGAGAUUAAACAAUUUGUAGCUGGUUUUGUAUCGCCUCAAAAACGUCUCACAGGUGGUGUGAUAUUCCUGGAUUCAAUACCAAAAAAUCCAAGUGGAAAAAUCCUUAGGAAAGAGCUGAGGAAAAUUAUUAAAAAUACCUUAGCAUCUAAGUUAUAAAUAGAAGAUACUUAUAUAAGAAGAAAAAUGUAAUACUUUUCAACAAAAAGUUUUCUUGAAACUAAAUAAAUACUGGAAGUUCUCCAAGAAUCUCAAUGUAACAGUAGUAAAUUUUUCUUCUAAACACUAGGUUAUACCACAGCAUGCUAUAAUGUCAUUAUUGAAAUUACUAGAAGAGAAGGGAUUUCUGAUCAUAAAUACCUGCGGUAAAGUGCUACUUUCCACAUGCAAAUAAGUGCGAUAAAGUGCACUUUACCGCACGCUCAUGGGUAAAAUUUUGUUCCUCAUACAAUCAUGCGGAAAGUAUCUUUACCACCCUUCAACAGGUCGACCAAACUCCGUUUCGCGUCGUUUCAAAACGUCAAGAUCAAAAACAUUUCAAGGCUUGUUUUCUAUAUAGGUUUUCCCCAAAUACAAACCAAUAAUUUAUUUUAACAACUUAUCUAUAAAAUAUCAACUACAAACAUCUCUUAAUUAUGGUAUUUAAUGGGUAAGGACCCAUCUACCUUUCAAAAUCCUAUUCAUGAUAAUCCUUCUACCCUCUGGAGUGCUCAUACGUGUUUGCCAACCGUGUCUCCUGACUCUUUUCUUUUCGGACGGUCUUGGAAAGUGGCACCUUAUGACCGAUCUGGUAGUCACAUUAAAUAGACCUCCGGCUUUUUGAGGAGCUUCACUUUGAGGCAUUUUAGACGAGAGUAGGUGGAAAUUUGAGCUUUGUUGUGCUCGAAAAC